CGGUGCGGACGGGUCAGGAGCGUAGAGGCGGCGGCAAGAUGGCGGCGCCUGAGGAGCGGGAUCUAACCCAGGAGCAGACCGAGAAGCUGCUGCAGUUUCAGGAUCUGACUGGGAUAGAAUCUAUGGAUCAGUGUCGGCAUACCUUGGAACAGCAUAACUGGAACAUAGAGGCUGCUGUACAGGACAGGCUGAAUGAGCAAGAGGGAGUACCGAGUGUUUUCAACCCUCCUCCAUCCCGACCCCUUCAGGUUAAUACAGCUGACCACAGGAUCUACAGCUAUGUUGUCUCAAGACCACAACCAAGGGGGCUGCUUGGAUGGGGUUAUUACUUGAUAAUGCUUCCAUUCCGGUUUACCUAUUACACGAUACUUGAUAUAUUUAGGUUUGCUCUUCGUUUUAUACGGCCUGACCCUCGCAGCCGGGUCACUGACCCCGUUGGGGACAUUGUUUCAUUUAUGCACUCUUUUGAAGAGAAAUAUGGGAGGGCACACCCUGUCUUCUACCAGGGAACGUACAGCCAGGCACUCAAUGAUGCCAAGCGAGAGCUUCGCUUUCUCCUGGUUUAUCUUCAUGGAGAUGACCACCAGGACUCGGAUGAGUUCUGUCGCAAUACUCUCUGCGCACCUGAAGUUAUUUCACUAAUAAACACUAGGAUGCUCUUCUGGGCCUGUUCCACAAACAAACCUGAGGGAUACAGGGUCUCACAGGCAUUAAGAGAGAAUACCUAUCCAUUCCUGGCCAUGAUCAUGCUGAAGGACCGGAGGAUGACUGUGGUGGGUCGGCUAGAAGGCCUCAUUCAACCUGAUGACCUCAUUAACCAGCUGAUGUUUAUUAUGGACGCAAACCAGACUUACCUGCUCUCAGAACGGCUGGAAAGGGAAGAAAGGAACCAGACUCAGGUGCUGAGACAGCAGCAGGACGAGGCCUACCUGGCCUCUCUCAGGGCUGACCAGGAGAAAGAAAGGAAGAAGCGAGAGGAGCGGGAGCGGAAGAGGCGGAAGGAGGAGGAGGUGCAACAGCAGAAGCUGGCAGAGGAGAGGCGGCGGCAGAAUUUACAGGAGGAAAAGGAAAGAAAAUUGGAGUGCCUACCUCCUGAGCCUUCCCCUGAUGACCCUGAAAGUGUCAAGAUCAUCUUCAAAUUACCCAAUGAUUCUCGAGUAGAAAGACGAUUCCACUUUUCACAGUCUCUAACAGUAAUCCACGACUUCUUAUUCUCCUUGAAGGAAAGCCCAGAGAAAUUUCAGAUUGAAGCCAACUUUCCCAGGCGGGUACUGCCCUGUGUUCCUUCAGAGGAAUUGCCCAACCCUCCUACGCUGCAGGAGGCGGGACUCAGCCACACAGAAGUUCUCUUUGUUCAGGACCUAACAGACGAAUGACACUUGCCAUCCUCUCCCCUCCCACCCUGCCCCCUAAAGGAAAUGGAAAAGAGAGAGAGAGAUUCCUAUUAUUAUAAUACAAUAUUUUUUUUAAAAGACUGCUGCAUCCUAAGGAAGGAUCAGAAACCAUGCCGCCUGCGAGUCAUCGUGUGCGUUUGCGUGCAUGUGUGUGCGUGCGAGUGUGUGUGUGUGUGUGUGUGUGUGUGGUUAGCCAUGAACGCACCCUCGCUCGGCAAAGCUCGCUUCGCCCUUCCGAUGGCCUCUGUACCACGCAGCCUCCAGCCAACGGACACCUGUCCAGUGUCGGUGUCCCAUCUGGGGAAGGGGACAUUCCCACUUGUUCUCAUUCAUUCAUUUUUGCUUUUAUGAAAAAUAAAAGUGAAAGCUUCCAGCCAGCAGCUCCAGCACCAUCUCCUGAAGACUUUCCUUCUCCCGCCUCUGGAGGAGGGGGAAAGCAGAGACGUUCCUUGAACUGCCUAGUUUUUGAAUCACUUUUCAUUGUUUCUGUUGCUUUCUGAUGACCAAAGGAAUGAGGCUGUCAUGGAUGUAUUUUUUUUCCUUUAUUUGAUAAAGAGCCAAUUCUUAAAGCCGUGAGUUCAUGCCCUGGGCUCCUUAGCCCUCAGUAGCAUAAUAAAGGUGCCUGGGCUGCUUUGUGCUUCUUU